AUGGCUUCUGAUCCCUUCAACCACCCCAACAGCAGCUCCUCUUCUUUCAUCCUCGUGGGUGUUCCCAGCUUGGAAGCUUUCUCCACCUGUCUGGGCAUCCUUUUCUGCUCAGCCUAUAUCAUCACCUUGGUAGGAAAUGGUGUAGUUUUGCUCGUCAUUGGGUUGGACAGCUCCCUGCGUGACCCCAUCCACUGCUUCCUGGGCAUGUUGGCAGUCGUUGAUGUGAUGAUGGUAACAUCCAUUGUCCCUAAGAUGCUGAGUGUAUUCUGGCAGAACUCUACUGAGAUUGGUUACAUGGCCUGUUUUGUUCAGAUGUUCCUUGUUCACUUCACAACAUCAGAGGAGUCGGGAGUGCUGCUGGCCAUGGCUGUUGACCGUUAUGUUGCAAUUUGUCACCCCCUCAGGUACCAAGCCAUCUUGAAUCACCAAACAAUUGCCCAAAUAGGCCUGGCCAUUGUAGUGAGAGCUCUCCUUUUCAUGGUCCCCUUAACAGGGUUAGUGACAAAUCUCCCCUAUUGCCGUUCCCAUGUGGUUCCCCAUUUGUACUGUGAGCACAUGGCCAUGGCAAAGCUGGCAUGUGCAGACCCCAGGCCCAGCAGGCUUUACAGUGUGGUUGGGUCCUCUCUUAUAGUAGGGAUGGACAUGGCUUUCAUUGCUGUGUCCUAUGGGAUGAUCUUUAAAACUGCCCUGCAGAAGAAAUCCUGCUGGAAGGCCUUCCGCACCUGUGGGUGUCAUAUCUCUGUGAUGCUGCUGUAUUACAUCCCUGGGAUAGUCUCCAUAUAUGCACAGCAGUUUGGCAGCAGCAUAUCUGUGCAUGUACAGGUUCUGCUGGCUGAUUUUUACCUGACCCUCCCCACCAUGCUGAACCCCAUCAUUUACAGCAUGAGGACCAAGCAGAUCCGGCAGGCAGUGCUCAAAAUGCUUUUUUUCAGGAAGGUUCAUGCCUGA